AUUCGUAGAGGGAUUUAUUACACAUUAAAAAAACCAGAUUUUUUUUUUUUUAAAUCUGGAUAAAGUUUGACUAAGGGGUUUUGGUAGUAGGUAAACUGGUUUAAAAGUUCCUGUCGACAUACGGAAAACGAAGCCUAUGGUACAGAUCAAGAGCAACAUGGCAGAGAAUGAUAAUUUGAUUGCAGAAUUAAAUCGGGCAUGGAAAUGUCUUGACGGAGCUAUCAAAGAAAGUCUUACCAGUAAAAGAGAUACUUUGAUAUUGAAAAGGGAAGACGGAUCCAAAAUCCUCCAGUGUAUCGAGAAAUCAAGAAUGAGACUUGAAGAGGGGCAACCAAGCGGAACAAAGAAAAGAAUGACCAGUUCUCGCGAGAAGAUGAAAUGUGUUUACGUCUAUAUGUCUGGUACACGGAACAAUCUUACUCAAAUAAUUGAAGAAGAAUUCUCCAAACUUUUGUCAAAAAUGUCCAUAACUUGUGUAUUUCUUACGGGGAAAGAGGAGCUUAAAGACAAUUACCCUCUGGUUGUUCUUUGUCCAAUUUACUCUAGACUAAAAUCAGACAUUGAGUUUGUCCUAAAAGAAUUGCAACAAUUUCCACUACCAGGUAGAUUUGCAGUUGUUGUUAUCAAUAUGACAAGAGAAGAUUCGCUGCCUCGAUUGCCAAUUGAAACCAGGCUUGACCAACCAACGGAUGACUAUAACAACAUACAUUUUAUUGAUAUGGCUUUCACGAAGGAAAAUCUUAUGUAUGAUUGCAACAUGAACAAGACAGCAACAGAGAAAAUCAAAUCUUUCGUAAACAAUAUGUACCAACAAGAGCGAUCAGAGGGCACAUGUGUCGCCUCAUAAUGACCAAUUGCAUAUUGCAGCUACUGUGUAACAGGAGACACAAAAAUCAUUAAGAAGCCAAAACGCGUUUUUUUGUGUUGCUUCUAUAGAGUAGUGGCAACACAUAGGGAUUACUUCCCUGCUGUAUGUUCGUCUGUCUGUCUUUCUGUUCAUAACAAAAUAUGUCCGGACUUCAACUAAAGAUCUACUCGUGCAAUUCCAUCCAAACUUUACAGGAAUGACUAGUACCAAGUCCAGUUGUGCAUAUCAUCAGCAUUUUUCGGUUCAAAGAUUUUUGUUAGAGUGAUGACACUUUUAAGUUUUUAUUUCAAAGCUUUUGCAGACAUUUUCUCUUAUAUCAUUAAUGCAAUUCAAUAUUAAUGAAGCUUUACAUGAUCUGUAGCUCAAAGACCUGCACAUAUUUCACGGGUUUUUCGGUUAAAAUAUUUUGGCUGAGUUCUGGUUAAAAGUGUUUAUGUGUUAUCAACUACAAAGAAAUUUGCCCAGACUACUUUUCAGAAAUAAUUGGUGCAAUUUCAUCCAAACUUUACAGGAAUAAUCAGUACUAAGCCUAGUUGUGUGUAAUAUCGAUCGUCAUUUUACGAUGCAAUGCUUUUUGUCAGAGUUAAGAUCCUUUUAUUACUUUUUCUAUUAAAAUUUGUCUGCACGACUCCUUUUAUACCACUAAUUCAAAAUCAUGAAACUAAACUGGAAUUAUCAAGUAGCGCAUAUACUUGCACACAUAACACGAGUUUUUCGGUUGAAUAAUUUUUUGCCUAGUUAUUGCGCUUGAAUAAAAAGGUAUUCUUUCGUGUUGUUAGCUACACAGAUCCUUUUCUGGACUACUCCUCUCAGAAACUACUGUGCAUUUUCAUCACACUUUACAGAAAAUGAUAAAUACCAAGUCAAGUUGUGCAUAUCGUCGGCAUUUUUAGUUCGAUGAUUUUUGUCAGAGUUUAUUGAUUUUUUAAAAAAUUAUGUCCGGACUUUCUUAUACCACUUAUAUGCAAUUUAAAUAAAAUUUUACAGGAUUGAUCGGUAGCUCAAGUACUUGUACAUAAAAUAAGGAUUUUCAACAAGAAAAGGUGGCGUUCAAUCAACGCAACCCCACAUGAUCCAGCAACAUGAACCAGCGGCAAUGAAUCCAGGGGGACCCCAAACAAAAGGGAGAGCACGGGCAGGCCCAUCACCAAAAUGAUACAUAACAAAUAACAGUAACCGACUAGGAAAUCAAAAUAAAAGAAAAAAAAUAAAUGAUUAGUAGGCCAACUAAGCAAAAGGGCACAGGGGAAUGGGGACAGAAAAUUCGGGGGGAAAAAUACACAAGAAAAACGCGUUUUGCUCUGUUAAUAAUUUUCGCGCUUCCCUACAGUAGCAAAAAAAAAAAAAAAGAACAAAAACAACAACACGCGUUUUGCCCUGUUAAUAACUUUCGAGCCUCCUGCUUCACAGUAGCUGCAACAAGCAAUUGACUUUCAUAAGGCUCUUUGUUAUUCAAGCCAUAAUUGAAGAGGCGACA